CUCGACUGGAAGAUUUACCGCACGAAUUAUUUCGCGAGAUUUUCAGCUACCUUCCCGUUCGCGAUAUAAGCACUGUGAGUCUCUUAAACAAGAGACUCCACUGGCUGCUCUUCGAUGAAGUAUUCCAACGCGCUUACCGGCGGAGGAUCGCAAACCAACAGUCUGGAACCACAGCACUGAUCACGCUGCUCUUCCAUGCCAUAAAGCACGAUUCGGUUAACUUGGUGGAGUGGAUUCUAGCACAGAGAUCGAAGCUUGACCUUAAUGGGUGAGUAGCAACGCUCCCAGCUCACCCUACGCAUGCUAACUAAAGUCUCAACUAUUCAGAUACAUUCCGAAAUUUCGAGAGGAUCUCGGUACUUUCUAUUCACUGGAAUUUCUCAAGGCUUUGCCAAAGGCUCGAGAAAACCCCAAUGUCACCUAUCUUCAAGUCGCAAUCCUUAAAGACGCACCGAGAGUAGCAGCACGUCUAGUCAAGCACGGAACGUACCUCAACUCCGACAUGGGAAAUUAUCCCGAUCUAACACCCCUUUACAUGACACUGGCACAAUGUCGCGUCAGCAGCUCCAGAGCCCUCGACAAUGCUCUUCGUAUUGCCUGUACAUACGCUCUUCCCAGAACAACACACUUCCUAUUGAAGAACAUGGCCAAUCCGGAUAGUCUAGGCCCUUUGAACUAUUCCGCUCUGCAUUGCGCAGUAUCGAAGAAGCUUCCUUAUCUUCGGUUUGAUAAAUUUUCAUCCGCGCCUUGGGGAAGCAUGACCGAAAAGACCGUCCGCGCGUUACUGGACUUCAACGCAGACAAAGAGGCCAAGACGACCACUCCACGAAUCCAUGCUUGUGGCCAUAGCUGCUGGCGCUCGUUUAAUUGCGAUAGUUCAGGACAGACUGCUCUUCAGCUUGCGUCCAGCCGUGGACUGAGUGAAGCUGUAAAUCUCCUGCUUGAUAAGGGAGCCGACCCUAACUCAGCAAACGAAAAUGGAUUUCGUGUUUUGUACACGGCUCUGGCUCAAGGACAUGUGUCUAUCGCAAUCCGUCUUCUCGAAUGCAUGUUUACAGUAGUCAAUCCAAUCGUCCACGAACAAACGGGGAUGACUGCCUUGCAUGCUGCUUGCCGUUUUGCUGUGCCUAGCGUGGUUCUCCGUUUGCUCGAACGUGGAGCGCGUGUAAACGCUCCCGAUUCUCGCGGUAUAACCCCUCUCCACGAGGUGCUUGGCCAGACGAGUUUCGGCGCAGAAGAUGACGUCCUUCAGACCUUGGAUCAUCUUGAUUUAUAUGGCGCUGAUCCCGAUAUCGACGUAGGCGCACGAAGCGGAAGCCCAAGAACGCUAGGGGAGAACCAUCCUAUUCCGGAGGUUCGAGUCAUGUUCAUCAAAGAAAGACCUAAGGAGUGCAAGCUCAGGUUCAGGGCCCCAAAGCCGAGAGUCGAGGAGGUACGACAUACUCCUCCUGCAGAGCCUCCUUCGAAGAUCCCGAUGGUUCAGUCAACAAGUCACGUCCGUCAAGUAGAAGGCGCAUGGGCUCUAGAUCAUGUCGAUGAUCCCAUUAAGAAUUCCUCCGUCAACAAGAGCGCUCCAGAUGAUAAACCCCAGAGACAUCAGAAACAUCAAAAGCAUCAGAAGCAUCAGAAACCCAAGGAGAACUUUCCGCCCCUGAAUGGUGCGACCAAAGUGCCGUGGCUAGGAGUGCCUAAGAAGGCGGGCAACGAUUUGAAGGGAGACAAAAAGGUUGAAGUAGGCUCAAAUUCUCUAGGGAUGAUUCCCGGUUGUCUUCCAUACGAAUCCAAUUCUCGCUGCGUGGAGUCCCCUGCCUCACGACCAACGGAUCACUCUGCGGCGCGGUUCUGGAAGAAUUCACCGCAACAGCAAGCAUCUAAGGUAGCCGACCAUAAGGAUGGCGCGGAAGCCGAAAGUAAACAUGGAAAGCAUCAAACUUCGAACCAAAAACGAUCGCGGAAAGCAAAAUGGAAGGCAUUGGAACUCAAGUAGAGAACCAUGGAAUUAUUCUAGUUAGCAAUGCCCACCUAACGAUGUUACCUUUGCUCCAUAGUUUCGUAUUUGCUAGCAAUACCACCGAUAUGAAUUAAAAAGAAUUUGAACUUAUUCCCGUCAGGGAUCGCUUACGAUAUGAAAACACGCUCUAUAUAAUUACCUGUUGGUAUUUCUUCAGUAAAUCUUGAACGACAUCGGCGACGCUAAAA